AUGGUCUCGAUGGUCGAGGCCGCCGAGUUCAACAAUGAGAUGGCCAUGGAUUCCGUGAUGCCCAAGUCCGAGCCGCCUCUCGACGGUUCCAUCAGCUCAGCGGUCUCAACCCCCGAACCCGACGCAGAAGCCCUGACACGAGACCCUACUCAAACGCAGAAAAGGAAGGGUGGUCGGAAACCUAUCUAUGCAACAUCAGAAGAACGUAAACAGCGCAAUCGACAGGCGCAGGCUGCCUUUCGAGAGCGACGAACAGAGUAUAUCCGUCAGUUGGAGACGACAAUCAAGCGCAAUGAGGAGACGCUGCAAACCUUGCAGCAGAGUCAUCGCAGCGCAGCAGAUGAAUGUCUGAUGCUCCGAUACAAGAACUCUCUUCUGGAACGAAUCCUAAUGGAGAAAGGAAUCGAUGUGCAGGCCGAGCUGAGGAUGAAGACGAGUGCCUCGGGGGCCACUCCCAUGAAACAACCCAACCCGAUGGCCUCCAAACCCACGUCCACCCUGGAACGCGCCGCGGUCAACCGGAGCACCGUCCAACGCCAUCCAGCAGGUAUUGCCCCCAAAUCGGACCAGUUUGGCAUGGCGCAGCACCGUGAAGGCGCGUACGGGAUGCCUUCUCCGCAGUUCCAGGCGACCCCGCCUUCCCAUAUGUCCUCGCCAUCGCACACUAAAUCUCCCGGCUUUGCCUUCCAGGGUGCCCUGUCACCCGCGGCAACGGACCCCCAUGUGCGCUCGCAGCUGUUGCCCCAACCUCGGAGCUUCGGAAACAACCACACCUCCCCUCCGAUGGGAAUGCCGCAGCAAUCCGAUGUGACCGAGGCAAAGUCCAUGUUACCUGGUGGUACGGCCCCCUUGGCUUCCCGUGUCGCGUCUGCCUAUUAUCCGUCGCCAUUCCAAAAGCACUAUGAUCAAUUAGAACAGGAAUACGAUGCCCAAGCCGACAUGGUCGACGAACCCGACCACGAAGAUUCGGCCGAUCCAUCCUCUUAUGUACCGAGCUUCACAUCUGGCUCGGCACAGGAUGCUCAUAAUUUGCCAUCCUACACAUCGCAGUCAGUGGUGGGAGCAAACGGGGUCUAUGGCAAUGCCAAUCAGCAUCUCCUCGGUCAGUACGAGCCUAUGCUGGACACUGAUCCGUUUGGACUCAGCGCCAGCAUGCACUUCCAGACCCCAUUCAGCUACGAACAGAACAACGCGCGCCAUUGA